CAUUUAUUUUGUUGACCCACGGGCCAACAUACCUAGUGCAUUCAAUAAGUUGAAGUUUUCUCUCAUUUUAUGAUUAUCACUGGAUGAAACCAAUUUAAAUGUCUUAAUGUUAACAUAAAUUUUCUUCUUUGCACAGAUAGCGUUCAUCUAUGGAGAAAGAUACAGGGUCCUUUGGUGUGCUUUUAUUGACAAAAGAGUCACUUGCAACAUUAGACGAUGGAAUGUGGCUGAAUGACAUUGUCAUGGACAUUGUAUUGAGGUCUGUUCAUGAUGAACUAGGACGUCAUAAAAGGCGGAAAUCUUUGAUCUACCCAGUGCAUUUUUACACUAAAUUGAAAAACAGUGGAUUUUCAGGUGUCGUCAACUGGACAAAACAUGAGGACAUUUUUCGAAAGGACUAUCUUUUGAUAGUUGAGAAUGCUCUUGGUUGCACCUUCUUGCAGUCUGUUGAUUCUCAGUAA